GUGCAGUGAAGCGAGGGUGGGUGGAGUCGAAGAGGAGGAGGAGGAGGAGGAGGAGAAGGCGCUGGCACGCCCACAUGCGACUAAGCGGAAAACCAUUUAGCUUGCAGAGCUGUAGCGAUCGAGGGAUCGGAUCGGAACGCAAUGGAUGACAUCUACGAUGGACAGUUCAGUCAUAUAUAAAGUGCAGAGUACUGCUGGGCGUUGUUUUAGUGAAGCGACCAAGCCAUGAACAACACGGGGCAGCUGCAGGCGCUGCUGUUGGUUUUGCUAAUCUGCGCCUGCUCCUGGAGCAGCACCAACGCCCGGCCUGGCGGAGUGAAGCUGCAAGCGCAAUUGGUGCGCGCGAUCAACGCCUAUAGGAGGCUGGAGCGCAGCCUGCCGCCGGAGGAGCUGCGCGCCUUGACGGGGCUGGGACUGCUGAACGGUGCCCGCCAGACCAAGGAGCAAAUGGAGCAGCAUCUGGUGCAGGCCAUCAAGGAGCUGCUGCGGCAGACCGAGGCCGAGCCGGACAAUGACAUAUUGCCAAGGAUCGAUGCGAUCGAGCAGCAAAUGUCCCGCGACCAGCAAGCACUCAAAAUCCUGGGCAGCGUCAUGGACGUGCUGUGCGAUGAUAAGGACGAGCAGCAGUUCCGCCGGGAAGUUCACAGCCUGCUCAAGGAGCAACAGCAGCAACAGCAGCUGCAGCUCCAGGCGCUGCUCGGCGAGGAGCAGCAGGAGGUGGGCAGGCGACUGGGGCAGCUGCGUUGCCACAUACUGGAGCAGGUGCCUCAGAUGAAGACGGAGCUGGAGACGAAAAUAGAGCGCACCCUGCACUACCUGCUGAAGCAUGCCACAGCCGGUGGCCCACUGGACAGGGCGAGUCACAAGGUCCUACACAAGCGGGCAGUCGACGAGGCGAAGAGUCCCGAUAACAUAAAGGACCAGAUCGAAGCUAUGCUCGAGGACAAGGCCAAAUUGAUGGAGGACGACUUCCGGGAGAACUUGGUGGUGCAGCGUUUCGAGAAGAGCGAUGAUGGCAAUAGCGCAGCGCAGUCGGAAAACGAGUUCGAUGAGCUGGAAAAUGCUUCGCGGAAUAUUACAGCUAAGGCGAAAGUCCCAACCAAUGCCAAGCAGGAAGAUGAAAUCGGCUCGCCAGAGCUCGGCGGCGACGGUGACGGCCCGGAUGGAGGCGGCGGUGGGGGCGGCGGCCUCGUUGGCAUCAUCGGCAGCUUAAGUGGCGGCGAGGGCGGCUCGGACGUGGGCGCCCUGAUUGGCGCACUCACGGGCCUCGUUUCGACGCUCUUCGGCCCGGGCGGCCUGGACAUCGACUCGCUGAUCAGCACGGCGACAUCGCUCAUCUCCGGCCUGCUGGCGGGCGACAAGAACUUUGGCACGGUCCUGGGCCAGUACGUGGGCACGGCCUUCGAUGGUCUGUCUGGCGGAGGCGGUGCGAUUAACAAUGGACAGUUUCUGGGCAACUUUGUGGGAACCGUUCUGGCCUCGCUGAGCGCAGAUCCCGACGACGAAGGACUCCCGCAGCCACUCACAUUUACCAAAAACUUCCUGAGCGCCUUCCUGGAAUCGAAACUGCGACCGCCCGAGGCCUCGGAGGAGCGUCACGGCAGCGCCGAGCUGCCGCGCCAGAAGAAAAAGGAAGCCCAAGGCUCGGUUGGCUUCGACUCCAACGGGUUCAUCAAGCAGAUCGCCUCUCACCUGGUCAGCAGUGCUCUGGGCCUGCUGCUGAAUGCGUCGCUGGGUGCCUCGGGCGGGGCGUCACAUGCCUCCACGUGCCCUAUUUGUGUGACGCGCGGUGUGCUUCAGUCCAGUAUGCAUGCUCUGCAGCCCUUCACUGAGUAA